UCGUGGAGCCGCGGCCGCGCCGCAGAGAAGAAGUGAAGUUGAGCAUCCUGCAGGUAAUCUACAGCUCUCACGCGCUGACAGCGAGGCGGGCCUUCCUCCUGCCGGCACGCGGCCUGAAGAUUCUUCGCUGACAAGAAAGAGGAAUCAGACAUUCAUCCGAACCAGCUGAGUGUGAAGCUGAAAAACUGGCCGACUGCUACAUGAUGGGAUACCUCAGGUCAACAUGGCAGAAGACUCCUUCAAAUCCACCUGACACAUCACAGCUGCGCUCUUCAGUGCCACUGUUUCACAUUUGAUGGCGUCGAUUUCAAGCAGUGAAGUUUGAGAAAACCAAGAAACUAAUUAUGAGGCCUGAUUGUCGAAGGAAGUGGAUCAUUUGAUAGUUUCUUUCAAGAUAAUCCAUUUUCUCAGUGAAUGAUUUGGCCUUAAAUCUAGCCUGGCUCAGGCAGACGCAUCCCACGUGUCCACCUGAGGCUGUCCUUCCAUUUUAUGGAGGCCUUGCAUAGUCGCCUGACGACUGGGGAGCCGUCCGGAGGUCAAGAACACUGUCAACCAGAGUCUCCUCAGCGAGGCCCGCAGCUCAAGUCUCCCUCCCAGCCCCGUCAGGAACAGCAGACCGGUUCCACAAAGCCUCAUGGCACCUCCCAGCAGCCCAAACAGUCCAGAAGGCAAAACCCCGAACGCAAACGUCUUCGGCACCAGCGACAAAGCGUUGACUCAGAUACACCACCAGAACAAAAGCAAGAGGUGGCCGAUGCGACAACGGCGCCCUCAGUUUCCGGUUCGUCGCCAGGAGUGCCAUCAACCUCGGCAGGUGGUUCUGCACCGUCAAAGUCAGAAACUCAGGAGGGCACCCCAAAACAGAAACGCGAGCGUAAGCCCCAGCGACCUGGCAAAUAUGUGUGUAGUUACUGUGGCCGUGCAUGUGCAAAGCCAAGUGUCCUCCAGAAACACAUUCGCUCGCACACAGGGGAAAGGCCUUAUCCCUGUGCCCCAUGUGGUUUUUCCUUUAAGACCAAGAGUAACCUGUAUAAGCAUCGCAAAUCACAUACCCACAGGGUGAAGGCGGGACUUGCACUCGGAGAGCCUAAAUCAUUAGAGGAGCAAGUAACCGAGUCAGAGGAUGAAACAAGACAGCUAUCAUCAGCUUCUUCUCUGACAGAGAGACAAGGCAGUGUACCCUCAAUCAAGAGUAACGAAACAGACAGGGCCAAAGAUUGCACUGAAGGAAGCAGUGACUCCUACGCAGUGAAGAAGAGACUAGCCCUGCGUCUCAGUCGAGGAAAACAUGCUCUUCAGGAUUCUGAUGAUAAGACAUCAUCUCUGAUUUUAGGUAGUAGAGGCAGCACAGAAUCAGGCUAUUUCUCCCUCUCUGAAAGUACAGAGCAAUCACAAGACAGCCCCCCAAACACAAGUGCCAAAAGUUAUGCAGAGAUCAUCCUGGGAAAAUAUGGACGUCUUGGACACCUCCAGAGGAUGCCUCGGCAACAGAACCAGCAUCCCACUGGUCAGGAGGACAAAAACCUCUCAUUCACAGUGCCCAAGAAACAGGUAAUUGAGCACAUCACCAAACUUAUCACGAUCAAUGAGGCAGUGGUGGACACUAGUAAAAUCGACAGCGUGAAACCAAGGAGAUUUUCUCUUUCCAGAAAGAACAGUUCAGAGUCUCAAAAGACUGCAAGCAUCAAAGAGCCUUUAAUUCAAAGCCCUAAAGCUGGAGAUUUGGGCUAUAAAAACAGCGGUUCCAUCACCAUGGGUGUACCGUGUGAAAAAUUUCAUCAUGCAUCCAUGAAUGUGGAGCAUCCAGCUAGCCAAACAUCUUCUGCCCCUCUGUUGAGAAGUCAGUCAGUGCCAUCAGCAGCUAGUUCAUUUGACUCCUCCAACAAAUUUCGACAAAGUCAGUCUUUCGAUGAGCGACCGCCCUCUGAAACACAGCCGCCUCGACGUUACGGGAUGCUCAGAAGGCAGCCGGCCAUUGAAAUUCCACUCGGAUCUGAAUUUACAAAAGAAGAACACGAGAGUUCUCACUCGUUUUACCCUGAUAGCACAACGACUGUGCCUGACCACAAACAAAACCAACCACAGCCGUAUGAGUGUGAGGCUUGUGGCAUUGGAUGCAAGGAUUGGGAAGGCUAUAAGAAACACAAGCAGAGCUCGUGCCCCGCUCAUCAUCCCAGAAACGAAGAGGUAAUUAGUCAAAUGGAGUGCCCACAGCUAGCUAGCAAUGCUGUCAGAGCUAGGGCUUUAACAAUGCGAAAGAGAAGGAAGGAAGAAAGUUUUGAAUUUGAUGACCCCUCUUCUCCUUCACUACCAUCCCCUGCCCUCUUGUCAGGGCAAAGUAAAGAGGAUAGCAGUGCUGCUUACGAGAGCCCCAGGAGGCCUGCGCUGCAAACCUGUUCAGUAAUUCAACAUACAAGUUCAUUUGAAAAACAGGAAUCUUUGUGUAGUGAGAAUCAAGGUGCAGAGGUAGUGAAAUGUUCCUCACCUCCAGAAGAUUUUCAGCAGGUGCCUCAGAAUCGACCACAGCAAAAGUCAACAAAACCUACAGCUCGAAACCUCGUCCGUCAGUGUAGCGUGCAAGUGCCAGAAAUCCUGGUGACUGAGGACCCCAACAUGGGUGCAGAGACCUCAGUGGAGCCAGCCGUCACAGCGAAACCAUCAGAGAAGCCUGAUGAAUUUCAGUGGCCCCAGAGAAGCCCCUCACUGGCUCAGCUCCCGAUUGAAAAGCUUCCUCCAAAGAAGAAGCGCUUGCGUCUAGCAGAAGCUGCACAAUCCUCAGGGGAUUCGAGUUUUGACUCCAUUUCCUUGCCACGAAGCCCUAGUCAGGACAGCAGUACCUCAUUUGCAUCCAGUCGCUCUACAUCCUUUGAAGAGCCAAACAGACCAGACAUGGACACAUCAGCAUCAACUCCACUGAGGAGAUCAAGAGCUCCUCACAUGCUGACAGUGCCUGGAGUGCAUCAGCACAGAGAAAUGAGACGCUCGGCAUCAGAGCAAGCCCCUCACGAACCACAGCCGAGUGUUCUUAUGUCUGAGACCCGCAGCAAGUCUUUUGACUACAGCUGUCUGUCCCCUGAACGUUCUGCAGUUGGUUGGAGGGAAAGACGAAAAUGUCUCCUUUUUAAACAUUCUGCUGUUGUAGAUCCAGACGAAGAGGAGGAGCAGCAGCAGUGCACCACCUCAAGACGUAGCCCUGAACAUCUCAGUCCGUCCCAAACAUCUCAAGAAACUCCACCUUCUGGGUACUACAGUGGUUCCUCCUCAUCUCCGCAAACAAGUGAUACAGUCUUGCGUAAUCCAGGGGGAUCCCAAUGCAAAGAGAUCUUCUCCCAGUGGAAACUCAGUCAAAAUAUUCAGUUGACGGGCAGUAAAGAGCUGCCAGGUACUCAUGACCCAUCUGUAGCUGCAAAAGUUGAGGCCUCUCAGCAGACCACUCCUCAGGCACCACAGCCCUACCUGUCACAUGGACCAUCAGGAGCGGCCAGAGCCCGCUAUCUUCCCAUGUCCACAGGACUGAAACUAGAAAUCCCCCCGAGGCACGACGAUUAUUUAGAGCUUCGAGUAAGUCAGUCUCACAUUCAGCAUGCAGGCCCACACAUCACCUCCAGUCUGGAAAUAGUAAGGCCAGCCACAUCUCCAGCAGUAGCGGUGCGCCUCCAGACGGACACCCUCACCCCAGCAUGCGCAAUAUACACAACGCUGUCUCAGGCCACAUCCCCCAUCCCCCAGGAGGCAGUUGAUGCUGUCUCUCAUAGCAUGGGUGUUUCCACAACUGAUUACAGGAACCGCAGCAAUGUAAGCCCAGAUUUUCAACCGGUGUGGUCUGACGAAGAUCUGAGGACAUCAGGCUCAGGGGGCAACAAGCGCAUGCUUUCCCCUUCCAACAGUAUCGAGUUCUCACCUGAGUCCCAGCAGCAGCAGAAAAGAGUGAAAGAAGAGGAGGAAAAGGAGGUGGAAUUUGCUGACAAGGCGGCGAUAGACACGUGCAAUCAAGAGCUCAAACGGGAGAUUCAGUCAUGCCUACCAGCUGUUUGCUCUCCUGUCUCGCAUGCCGGCCCUUCCUUCCCCAGUCUGCUUUCCAGCACCUGUAAUAGCUGGUGCUAUUUGAACUACAUCAAACCAAACCCCUCCGCUCUGGACGAACAGAAGCCCUCAGUGUAUUCAUCGUGGUCCACCAGCGGGUAUGACCCCAAUCCACCUGGCCUCUCCAGCAAAACAGCUCUCUCCCUGCUGCACUGUAAGCAGAGGCUCAGCCCCUCCAUAUACACUAUAUCAGCCAUGUCCGUCAGAACAGCGGAGGAAAUGGAGCAAGAGGACAACAAAAGACCCCGCUCCACUGAGGUCUACGACAGCCGGUCACCCUUCAGAGAUCAUGAGGGAAUGGAGGAGAAGGGGCGACCGACAGCACACGACAACACCUCAAGCCAAAAAGAGAAGAAGAAGGAGGACUCGACGCCUUGUGACUGUAAUCGCUGCAGCAGCACUUUCAAAGCCACCGCGAGUCUUCCUGCUGAACACCCAGGACCGGAGACUCACGGACCAGAGGCCUGCCGACUCCCCCAGGACAGACAUGAAGGGGUUCCAGGAGACGAAUCAGUUGGUCCCGAUCGGGCAGAGCAUCAGUUCUCUGGUCCGCAGAGAGCCGGACGUCCCGAGCAGGACGCCGCCAAGGAGCCGGUGGGCCGACGUGACGAGGACAGCAGAGGCCCAGCAGCUGUGAAAGGCCAGGAACCCAGCCCCCAGCCACCCAAAGAAUCCGCCCCCAAGAUGUCCGCCAGCGCCAGGAGGGCCAUGUUCGCCCGCAGGCGCCUCGACGCCUCGGCGUCCCCCGCCGGGUCCCGAUCCCCCAGCGGCCGGCCGCCGACUCCCCGGAGGGAGCCGCCGUCCCCGCCUCGCAGCCCCUCCCCUCGCCGCUCCCCCGCCCUGCCCUCGCCCACCUGUCAGACCCAUCCCGCCUCGCCGGUCCGGGGCGUCUCUCCCGUGGCGGUCCGGCCCCCGGCGGCCGACCCCUCCAGGCCUUCCAGCUCGGCGGCGGAGACGUGUUUUCGGCGCAGUUCCAGACCGUCCGUGGAGGACGUGGUCGUGACCCACGUGGCUCCGCCUCCCGCCCGCCCUCGAGGGACCCACAACCUCCUGAGCCACCUGCCGCUGCACUCCCAGCAGGCGGGCCGCGCCCCCAGCCUCCUGAUCCCCAUCGGGGGGAUCCACAUGAUCCAGCCGCGCUCCCCCCUCCCCCUGUACAGCCUGGUGACCAGCCCGCCCCCCAUGGCGGCGGCGGCGGCAGCGGUGGCGGCGGCGACCGCUAACCCCCCUGGCGCCCCGCCGCGGCGACGGGAUACUCUCAAAGAGACGUCGCCGGCCGGCCCGGACGCCGACACGCCCCCCACCGAGAGACGCCUCGACCCCGCGACCUCUCAAGGCCAAAAAAAGUCUCCGCCCCCGCAGGCGCAGCUCUGAUAGGAGGCGGAGCCUAAACACAAGGGACAGUGCAAAAACUUAAAAAAACAAACAUA